CCACGACUCGAAUCAAUCUUGUCAUUCCUAUGAGACAUUCGAAUCAAUACUGAGGUUUCAUUGCACACUUCCUUCUACUCAGCAAGUUUACAGGCGUCAUGGCAUCCAUUUCAGCGCACAAGAUUCAAGAUGACAAGUUCAACAGCCUCGGCUUAACUAAACUGGCAGUGAACGAGGAGCAAGUUACUUCUUAUAGUCGCGCGCUGGGUACCGCGUCCGAGAAGAAUCCUAUCCUUGUGCUCGUUCAUGGGUACCCCCAAUCGGCCUACAUGUGGCGCCAUCUCAUUCCCUUACUACCUCAAAACGCGCCAAUAUUCGCUCCUGAUCUUCCUGGUUAUGGCACGAGCGCAGCUAUCCAGAAAAAUGAUAAACUGACUAUUGGCAAUGCUAUCCUAGCGGCGCUGAUGACUGAAAUCAAGAGAACAUCGAGUGGGUCUUCGACGAGCAACAUUCCUGUUGUGCUUAUUGGUCAUGACCGCGGAGCAAGAGUUUUGCAUCAUCUUGCUGUUAGUGGCGUGGAAGGAGUCAAUAUACUGGGUGUGUGUCUGAUUGAUAUUGUCCCAACUUCAACACAAUGGCAGCGCAACGCCUCACCCGUAGACGCCGCAAAGGAAGUAACCGGCUACUUCCAUUGGCCGUUCCUUGCCAACGUCUCCCUUGCAGUCCGUAUGAUCACCGCCUUCGGUGCCUCGAACUGGUGCGAGGAAAUGAUUCUCCACUGGGCAGGAAAGAACCCUUCGGGCCUCGACAACCUAAAAGCUGAUGACGCGCUUACUGUCUAUGGCGAGUUCCUCAGCCAACCGCAUAGUUUGAAAGCGAGCUGUGAGGACUACAGGGAAGGCGCGACUACCGAUGUCGAGAGAGACCAGCAGAAUCAGAAGGAAGGGAAAAGAAUCAAAUCUCCACUGCUCCUGUUGUAUUCGGCUGAUUACAUCGGAAGUCGAUACAAAUUCCCGGAUGUGUGGAAAGACUGGGUAGAUAAUGGGGUGGAGAUCCAGCACCACAGCUUCGGGGAUGGGAUUGGACAUUUUGGCGCUGAGGAGGCGCCACAAGAGGCCGCGAAGGUCAUCAAUGCGUGGCUGACACGGUUAGGUGUAAAUGCUGCAUCAUGAGUGGGAUAGGGUGACUUGGAUGGCCGUAAUAUCUUCUCGGUUAUUGGGUAUCGAGUCCAGUCAAUAUUGAAUAUAUUGAGGCCAAUGGAUGGUAGUGUGGUACGUUACCAUGGAAGAAGGUGUAAGGAAU